AUGGACUACUUGGGCCGACUGAUGGCGCGGAGCAGACGGCCGAUGACGAUCGUCGCCAGCGUGUUCGGAGGCGGCUAUCUGGCGGUCUCGUAUCUUCGCUCGAAGGUGGAUGAGAUGCAAGACUCGCUGACCAGGACGCAUGCAUGCAAAGAAAAUUUACGGCGCAGGUUCGAGCAGAACCAGGAGGACUGCUCGUUUACCGUCGAGGCGCUCAUCCCGACUCUGGGCAAGCAAGUGGUCGAGCUGAUGAACGUCGAGCAACUCGCGGAGGUGCUGAGCCAGACCAAGAAGAGCCGGCCGAGCGUGCAGGCCAGCCCAGAAGAGGACGAGAGAGCGCGGGGGAAGAAGGCUGGGGAAGGCGAGUCAGAUAGUAGGGAGGAGCACGACCGAUGGCCACUCAGCCUCGAGGACUCGAUGACCUCCGCCGAGCUUAACCCCACCGCCACCAUCUCGACCCAGCCCGUUGGUUCUCUGCCCGACGCGCUCGCCGGGCUGCUGGUCCGACCCGACGGGAGCGUUCUCCAGAAGCGCUCCGAGAUCUGGCGCGAGAUGAUGGUGCUCUCCUUCUCCCGGCUGUUUACGAGUCUGUACGGGGUGAGUCUGUUGGCGCUCCAGACGCACGUCCAGCUAGGCCUGCUGGGGCGGGAUGCGUAUCUGAGCAGCAUCCUCUCGGCGGAGAAGGAUGCUGCUGCUGCUGGUGCGCAUCCCCCGGACGAGCACGCCCUCGAUACGCCGACCGAGCGGCGCUACCUCACAUUCUCCUACUGGUAUCUCCACCACGGCUGGCUCGUCUUGGCCCGCCGAACCCGGCAGGCCGUCGUCGAGGUGCUCGGGCCGAGGAGCCUGAAGGACUCGGUCUCUGGCCCGGAGCUGCUCGAGCUCUUUGGGCUCGUGCGCCAGAAGGUGGAGUUUGAGGCUGAUGGCCGCCAGUUCAAUUUUACGCCGGUGCUUCUGCCGACGAGUGGCUCGGAGGAGCUGGCGACGCUGGAGCAGGGCGGGAUGGGCGGGCGGGAGGAGUGUGGGGUGGAUGGGCGGCUGCGGAGGCUGCUGGACGAGACGCAGGACUUCCUGGACUGCCCCGAUUUCCGGGUGGUGCUGGCGAGUGCGAUGGCUGGGCUGCCCACUCUGCCCCACCUCAGCGGCCCUUCGACCACCAACCAGAUGGCAGCCACUACAGCCAGAGCCAGGCUGGAUGGCCUGCCCCCAGCAGCACUCAAGACGAUCUUCGAGCUCGAGCCAGCACUCAUCCACCUCUUCCUCGUCAGACUCGCAAACCACACCCUCCACGCCAAAACAAAAGCGAUCGUCUUCCAGCAGAUCGCCAGCCAGCACCAGCUCACACCCAUCCUCACAUCCCCAUCCUAUGCAGACCCAGUGCGCGCACUCCAGCUGGCCAUCGCCCCAGACCCAGAACAGGACGCCUUCCUCGGCAGACUGCUCGCCAAGCUGCCCAACCUCACCAGCCUCCACCUGCUCUGCGCAGCCAACAACAGCCAGCUCACAACCAUCAUCGCAACCCACGCACCCAGCCUCAGCCGAUUCACAACCAGCGCAUCAUUCGGCGACUCUGACUCGGAAGCAGAACAUCUCCAACACAAAACCACCCACAGGCCGAUCAGAUGGGACGCCCAUGCCAUCGACCUGCUCCCCCCCACCAUCACCCACCUCUCCAUCGACUCCCUCUCCGUCAUCGGCGCCAGGAACCUCGCAAACGCAUUCCACGCCCACACCUGGCCCACCCUCACCCACCUCACCCUCGCCAAAAGCCUGUUUAUCGACGACGAUCUCAUGGCCGCUGUCGCCAUCGGGUCAAAGAAAAUCAGGCACAUCUCCAUCCAGGCCAUGUCCGGCACCAAACUCACCGAACGGGGCAUCGAACUCCUCUUCUCGGGCCUCGACGGACUCGAGGAAAUCGAACUAGUCGACGUAGAAGGUCGGUUUUCUAAGCUUGGCUGGCUGAAACUUGACGAUCUCCCACCAAGCCUCAAGAGCAUCAAGUUUGGCUACCACGAAACGGGCUCAUACCAUUCCUGGACACUCGACCAUCUCCAAAACAUCCUCUCCCUCCUCGCACUCUACCCACACAAGCUCGAACACUUCUCCGUCACCCGCUUCGUGCCCCUGCCGGCCAUGCUCCCCGGCAAACACGCCUCCUUCCCCGAACUGGCCUGCAACAACCGCACCACCCCUCAGCGGAUCUCCAAGGAACAGAUCCUCUCCAUCGUCGCACAGGGGAACUCGCUCAAGGAACUCAACCUCGACUGGUGGCUCAUCAGCGUCGAAGGCCUCGAAGUCAUCGUCAAGGGCCUCCCCAACUUGCGAAAGUUGACCGCACUCGUCGACGCCCCUUUCCACCGAAUCAUCACCUCCACCGUCUUCGUCCACAGCAAGAUUCAGACUUUGAUCGUCUCCAUCCCCCCAGAGCACACACCAUUGGUGCAAGAGUUGUCCCAAGUGCCCAUGUCACCCACGAUCGCCAGCGGAGGAGGCUCGCCGAUCGCGACGCAGCAAUCUCCGAGCUGUACAGUCGGAUCGCCCGGCGGGAUCUGGGGCAGCCAGAGCAGCGUCUCGCCCAUCCCGACGCGGGACCUCAAAAAGUUCAUCAAGCGUGCCGGCCAUCUCAAGGAGAUCAUCUGGACUGGACGGGGCGGCCUGGGCGGCUGGAAGUUUGUGCGCAACGGGCCGAGCGCCUUGAACGUCCGCGUCCAAUUCGUCCCCGUCGCCGCCCGCCUGCCCCCCGAGGCCCUCGCCUACCAACACGCCCCGCCCCCCUCUGGCUCCUCCCACCAUCGUGCCGGCUCCUCGCCCCGCCAAUCUUUCCCGCCGCGUAACGGAGGCCCACCCGGCACCAAUAUCCCUGGGACCCCCGUCGCCUUCCAUCCCUUCUCCCCCGCCGACCCGGCAUCCCUCGACCCUGCCCCCCACCAUCUCCCGCUCAUCCCGGACCACUUCUGCCCCCAGAAGCUCCUCAUCAACCAGGCCCUCGACUCCUCGCGAACCCGGCCGUCCGAGCUCGACAUAAACCCCGCCCAACAGCCCCCUCACCUCGCCCGAUCUGAGCCGCCCAGCUCUAUGGCCGCGGACAAGGAACGGGCGCCCGCUGGAUCCGACGCCGACCCCGCCGCUGCCAAGCUUCUCCCCCUGUCCACCUGA